GAUCAAUUCCUGACAAGUUUUACUCUUUGUCAAGAACUACGACUGCAAGUUUUAUGACUUCUACAAGUUUUACUCUUUGUCACCAAUCUGCAAUCUAUAGUCUGAUUUCUCUUUUUUAAUGACAAUCAAAGUCGGAUCUGAGGAGAGUUGGGGAUGGGCUCAUCCAUUUUUGUAAAAUGCAUUGAAAAAGCGGGGUGCACUGCACCCCAUGUUAAUGUGGAAUGGCCGACAAGUCGUCGCCGCAGAGGAUUCCCACUCGUCAACCCCGAGGAUGCCGACGACGUGGCAUGUUGAAGACAUAAGGGAAAAAAAUGGAAAUGAAAAUGAAGAUGAGAAGCUCGUCGUCAUCGUCAUCGUCGUCAGCUUGGUCGUCGUCGCCGUCAUCGCCGUCGUGGUCGGCGGCGGAAAUCAAAACAAAGAAGAAGGGAAAGGGAGAGGCGACGACGGAGAAGGGGAGGAGCAACAAGAGCGCCGGAAGGACGAUGGGGAAGUUCCUCAAGGAGCAAAGGGGGAGGCUUUACAUCAUAAGAACAUGCGUAGUCAUGCUCCUCUGCUGGCAAGAUUAGUUACUUAAUUACCAUUACGAUGAUAGAUGAUCCAACCUUAAUUAGCUUGGUCGUCCGUCCAUGAUAGAUUCAGAUAGACAGUAGCCUAGCUAGCUUAUUAUUACUCAUGUUCUUAGUUCGCGCGCUUAAUUAUUAGCUACUACUUAAUUAGAUUAGAUUAUAUAUAUGGCUUCUUCGACCAUAAUUUUGUUUUCCAUCGAUUAAUUAUAAUCAUAAUAUAUGUAAAUCGCCACUCCGUAUAUAUCAAGCACCCAAUUAAGUAAUAUAAAUUAAUUACAUCCGCAACUGGUUUGAUGAAUGCAAAUUACUACCGAAGUACUUCGUAUAUUCUACGGUAUAACUAUCUACUCCUCCCCUCCAUCAAAACCUUUUUCCUUCAUUUUUUUUUCAUUCCUCCUAAAAAAUAUUUUUUAUUUAUAUUAAAAGGUUACUGUUGAA